AUGGCAGAAGACGCAAAAUUUAGAACAGCAACAAUCAAAGCAAUUAUUGAAUCAGCAUUAGCAGAUCAAAAUGAUGACCAAAAACUAAGAAUUCCGCCGACAACUGUUGAACUUAUCGCCGAAUAUCUAAGGUGUGUCGUAGUAGAAGCGACAGAACGUGCAGUAGAUGUAGCAGGUGACGAGAAAGUUAUCGACGAAUCUCAUUUAGAGAAAAUUUUACCGCAAUUACUUCUUGAUAUUUCUUGA